AGCCGGUUGCUGGGGGACUGAGAAAGAAAGGGAGGGAGCCGAACACGGAAGUGGUGGUAACGUCUAGGCAGUGAGUGGAGGCGGUGACCGCGACGUCUCAGACGGGAACCCUGAGCCGAGGGGUGGGAACUUGCUGAAAGGCAAUCGCCUUGUAGGACUUAGAUGAGGUGCAGGAGUGGCUGGGCCUCCCUCCACCUCAGCGAGCACCCAGACGGAUGGCGAUGGUGAUGGCGGCAGUUACUCGGACAGCUCCGGUUAAACUGCGCUUGGAGAGGUACAUGAACGUGCCUAAAAGAAAUUUCCUUCCAGAAAAACUGAAAAAGCAAUAUUUAUAACACUGGAAUUUUUUAAUAAUUUAUUAAAAUGGCAGAAAAUAGUGAAAGUAAUAGUAAAAAUUUAGAUGUUAGACCCAAAACUAGUCGGAGUAGAAGUGCUGACAGAAAGGACGGCUAUGUGUGGAGUGGAAAGAAGUUAUCUUGGUCAAAAAAGAGUGAAAGUUGUUCAGAUGCUGAAACAGUAAAUGCUAUAGAAAAAACUGAAGUUCCUUUGCGGAGCCAAGAAAGAAAGCACAGCUGUUCAUCCAUCGAGUUGGAUUUAGAUCAUUCCUGUGGCCAUAGAUUUUUAGGCCGAUCUCUUAAACAGAAACUGCAAGAUGCUGUGGGGCAGUGUUUCCCAAUAAAGAAUUGUAGUGGUCGCCACUCUUCAGGGCUUCCAUCUAAAAGAAAAAUUCAUAUUAGUGAACUCAUGUUAGAUAAGUGUCCUUUCCCACCUCGAUCUGAUUUAGCCUUUAGAUGGCAUUUUAUUAAACGGCACACUGCUCCUAUCAAUCCCAAAUCAGAUGAAUUGGUAAGCACAGACUUGUCUCAGAGUGAAAUGAAAGAUGGUCAGCCACAACAAAGAAGAGACAUGGAAGAAGAGGUGAACUGUUUUUCACAUCCCAGUGUUCAGCCCUGUGUCAUAACCACCAACAGUGCUUCAUGUAGGAGUGGUCCUAUGACUGGCUCUGUGAUGAACCUGGUUUCAAAUAACAGUAUAGAAGAUAGUGAUAUGGAUUCAGAUGAUGAAAUUAUAACACUUUGUACAAGUUCCAGGAAAAGAAACAAACCCAAAUGGGAGAUGGAUGAAGAAAUCCUGCAGUUGGAAACAACUCCUAAGUACCACACCCAGAUUGAUUAUGUCCACUGUCUUGUACCAGACCUUCUUCGGAUCAAUAACAAUCCAUGUUACUGGGGAGUUAUGGAUAAAUAUGCAGCGGAAGCUCUACUAGAAGGAAAACCAGAGGGUACUUUUUUACUUCGUGACUCAGCACAGGAAGACUAUUUAUUUUCUGUUAGCUUUAGACGUUAUAGCCGUUCCCUUCAUGCUAGAAUUGAACAAUGGAAUCACAACUUUAGUUUUGAUGCGCAUGAUCCUUGUGUCUUCCAUUCUCCUAACAUUACUGGGCUCCUAGAACAUUAUAAGGACCCAAGUGCCUGUAUGUUCUUUGAACCACUUUUAUCCACUCCUUUAAUUCGGACUUUCCCCUUUUCCCUGCAGCAUAUAUGCAGAACAGUUAUUUGUAACUGUACAACUUAUGAUGGGAUUGAUGCCCUUCCAAUUCCUUCUUCUAUGAAAUUAUAUCUGAAGGAAUAUCACUAUAAAUCAAAAGUUAGAGUACUCAGGAUUGAUGCACCAGAACAACAAUGUUAGGUAAAGGGUCGGAAGAAAGGAAUUUAAAUAUUUUAUUUUUGUUAAUGCUACUUUGAAUUUUUCUACAAGGGCAGUUAGAGUCCAAAAUAAACCUCUGCCCUAAAUUUUGCUUCCAGAUCAGUUCAUUUUUCUCAUGAUACACUAAUUGUUUAAGGUUACACACUAAGGGUUAGUGGAUAUUUUUGACCAGGUGUUUGUUUUUUGUUUCUAUCAUACAGAAUGUAUACUUAACUUUUUUCUUUUCUUAAUUGUAAUUUGCAUAUGACCCAGGGAUAUUUGAAUUUGGUAGACAUUGUAAACACAGUUAAAAAUCUGUAUUUCAUGAUUUUCUUUAAAAAUAGUCCUAUGUCCUUUCCUACGUGUAAAAUGCUUUGUUAACCUAUGCCACUGGCAUUCCUAUACAUAAAAUAUGGUUUCCUCAUCCCCCUUUUCAGAGUUGUUUUUAAAUUCUUGAGUAAAGCUGAGUGUUGUAAUUCACAAUCCAUAUUAAUGUAAUUGACUUUAGUAAUUUGCUAAUAGGGAUGUUAAAGUUAACAAAAUGGCUUAAAUCAAAUUUGUGUUUUUAUGUAAAAUAUUAAAUAUAAAGCAGUAUUACUAAAUUUGAUCGGUGAGAAUCAAAUGAGAAUGUGACAUUUUUAAAGGUGAAUUUAUUCCACAAUAUGGCAUGGUCAUAUGUUAUUCUUUGAAUAGACCUCUUGAAACCUGGAAGAGUUACCAUCUUCAGAACCUAAAUAUUGUUCCUUUCUCACUAGGCGCUUUAAAAAUAAUGAUAGUACUGUUAGUAAGUAGUAGUCACUAAAGUACUGAAGCAACUGUGUGGCUUUUCUUCAUUGACUAAUGAACUGUUGCUCCUACUUAGCUCUUUUAUAGAAACUCUGAGCCUAUUAUUUGGGGAAAUGCCACAGUUCAUAAACAAAUUUUCAUUGAUCCCUAUAUAGUUUUUCAUUAUUUUAAAUUGAGCUUGAGUAAAUCUUCAAAAGUAAACAUAGAGCUUAUUAUUUAGAAAGCUUAAUACUGUUUUUGACCUUCAGGUUUCAAAUAAUUAUUUUCAGAGUUAACGUGUUACUGUGGCUUCAAAAAGAGGAAAACAUUUUGAGAGCUACAUGGCUUAUGCCAUGCUGAACAGUACUGGGCAACAGGUGUAAUAUUUUAAAUUUACUGUCCCCAAGAAGAGGAAAGCAUUUAGAAACAUAAUUAUUUCAAUGAGAUAAAUGAAGUGAUAUUUAUCCAUCCCCUUUUUUAAAGAAUCAGUGAAUAAUAAAUUUCCUAAAUAGUUGUUUCUUCUGAUGAGCUGUUUACCACUUUGUAAAUUCCCAUUUUUAAUAUCAUAGUAAGUAAUUUCUUGAUGCUGGUUUAGCUCUACUAGAAAACAGAUUCUACCUGAGUUGAAAGAAAUUUGACUCAAAUUUCCAAGUUAGAACAGCUGUUUCUUAAAUAUCAUUGCUUUUAUGUUGAAGUAGCAUUUAUCUUUUGUGCAGUUCUGCUGCUAAUGGAAAGAUGCCAUUUUUUUCAAUAAUAGUAUUAAAAUAAAUUCUUAGCAAUUACUACAAAAUUAAACCAAGAAAAUCUGUUCCCAUUAUCGGCUAGCAUUUUUUUCUCGGUGAUCUCAAGAUUGUCUCAGUUCCAAUGAAAGGUAGCUCCUAGAAUAGCACCUCUCUCAGCAGUGAUGAGGCUCAGAAUCUCAACACCAAUGUCAGGACAAAUAUUUCUUCUAAAGAGAUAUUUCCCUUUUACAAAAGAAAAGUCUACUACUACCUCGACUUUAUUGAGGCACUUUUAUAGAUCACUGAGAGCUUAUCUUACUUACCAAUAUAACACUUCCUAAAUACUCAUCUUUGAUGAGAGAAAACUAAUAAUAUGGUAAGACUACCCAUGGUUAUAAUUUUUUUAUCAGAAUUUGAUAAUGAGACUUUCUGUUUCUAUGAAACAAUUAUUUUAAAUAUUUUUCUUUAAAAAUAGCUUUUUAUUGGUACAGAAAAACCUAAGGGAUGACAAACUAACAAAUAUUCUGUUAAAAGGUAAUUUUAUAAAGAAAAAUGAAGCAUAAUUAUGUUUUAUAAUGGUAAAAAUUGGUAUUUAUAUAAAAAUCAUGAUCUAAGUAGCUUUUCACAUAGUCAAACUGGUUGUGGUAUAUUUUCUCUGGCUUUCUAUUUUCUCAACUUCAAUUAGUAGCUCAACAUUUUCAAAAUGCUGCCGUGUAUAUAGCCUUGAAGUAGAUGAUCUAAUAAAUGAGAGGAGGAAGAGUCAUUUACUCUGAAAUGGUUUGUAUUUUUCCCUUGGUAUUUGCUAUAGUAAAAAGAAAUCUGGAAAGUAGAAAUAUAAAAGACUUGAGAAGAAAGUUGUUUACCAUGAAGGAAAAAGAAAAGAGUAACAAAUUCAUUUUUUAAAGCAUUAAGAGAUCAGAAUUUAUAAAAGUUAAUCUCUUUCUUGGCUACUUUGUGAGGAUAUAUUUAGAAAAGCAUCCAAUAUUUAGAAACUAAUACAUUUAUUAAAAUGAAAUUAGGAAAAAUGUGAGUAAAAUGAGUAAGUACAAAUAUAUCUAAAUUUUGUAACACUUAAGGCAUUGUGACAAUUUGAAAAGUAAAUUCUGGAGUUCAGAAAGGUGGAAAUGUGUAGAGCUUAUUGGUAAGAGGAUGAGGCUAAAAGAAACAAGAUAAAAUAUUAAAAUUAAGAAUUUAGGCUUUACCUCAGGGAAAAGCCUUGACAGUGAAAGGGAGCUACUUCAUUGCUAAUAGCUAGUCUGGACCAGACACUUAACUGUGCUUUGGGAAUCAUCCUGCACUAAUCAGGAAGUAAACUUGACUUCUCUAUUUCUCUUGAAGCUGUUCAGGACAUUAACCCCCCUUUUUUAAGCUACAGCAUCUUGAUUCAUACUAUAAUUCCUAAAAUAUGCUGACGGACUUUUUUAGGUUCCUUGAGCAUUUUUGUAUGAAGAAUCAUGUAUGAUGUUUCUAUAAUCAUGCCGUUCACUUAAAUAAUUCAUAAAGGGCAUGGUUUAAUUUAAAGGAAGACCUAAUAGGAAGAUUAGAGGAAGCUUUUAGUCAGCCUGUGGCUAGAUUUAUUGAUUUGGUGAUCAGACCUGUGUUCUUUACUAAAUUUCAGCUGAUGGCAAACUGUGGUCAAAGAGUGGCUUUCAGUUAAAGUUGUGACUUCUUUUAUAAAUAAUAAUACAAAGAAUGUCUUAGAAAUUAGAAUCCUUUAAAAAGGAGAGCAAAUGUGGCAAUUAGGACUCAUAUCAUUAUACAAAUUCCAUUUCUUUUUAUAAGAAAAACAAAUCAUUAUCAUUUAUUCAUGAGCCAAGUCCAUUAAGAAGAUAAAUCAAGUUAUCAGCUUCCUGUCUCUGAAGUUUGGAUCAUUUUAUAGAUCCACAUAAUAGAGAGCUUCCUUCCUAUGAAACAAAAAAACCUUGAGACCUAACUCGUGAAUAUAUGCUUAGUUUUUUUUUAUUUUUAAAAUAUAUUUUAUUGAUUAUGCUAUUACAGUCGUCUCAUUUCCCCCCUUUUUUCCCUCCGCCCUACACAUCUCCUGCCACCAGCAUUCCCCCACCGUAGCUCAGGUCCAUGGUCGUACAUACAAGUUCUUUGGCUUCUACAUUUCCUAUACUAUUCUUAACCUCCCCCUGUC